AUGUACAGGCCUCUGGCUGCAUCGACGGGCUGCAAGGACCAACACGACGAAGCGGGGCAGAGUCCCACAGGCUGCAAGGAUCAACAGGACGAAGCAGGGCAGAGUCCCACAGGCUGCAAGGAUCAACAGGACGAAGCAGGGCAGAGUCCCACAGGCUGCAAGGAGCAACAGGAUGAAGCAGGGCAGAGUCCCACAGGCUGCAAGGACCAACAGGACGAAGCGGGGCAGAGUCCCACAGGCUGCAAGGACCAACAGGACGAAGCGGGGCAGAGUCCCACAGGCUGCAAGGACCAACAGGACGAAGCAGGGCAGAGUCCCACAGGCUGCAAGGACCAACAGGACGAAGCGGGGCAGAGUCCCACAGGCUGCAAGGACCAACAGGACGAAGCGGGGCAGAGUCCCACAGGCUGCAAGGACCAACAGGACGAAGCGGGGCAGAGUCCCACAGGCUGCAAGGAUCAACAGGACGAAGCAGGGCAGAGUCCCACAGGCUGCAAGGAGAAACAGGACAAAGCGGGGCAGAGUCCCACAGGCUGCAAGGAGCAACAGGGCGAAGCGGGGCAGAGUCCCACAGGCUGCAAGGACCAACAGGACGAAGCGGGGCAGAGUCCCACAGGCUGCAAGGAGCAACAGGGCGAAGCGGGGCAGAGUCCCACAGGCUGCAAGGACCAACAGGACGAAGCGGGGCAGAGUCCCACAGGCUGCAAGGACCAACAGGAUGAAGCGGGGCAGAGUCCCACAGGCUGCAAGGAGCAACAGGACGAAGCGGGGCAGAGUCCCACAGGCUGCAAGGAUCAACAGGACGAAGCGGGGCAGAGUCCCACAGGCUGCAAGGACCAACAGGACGAAGCAGGGCAGAGUCCCACAGGCUGCAAGGAGCAACAGGGCGAAGCAGGGCAGAGUCCCACAGGCUGCAAGGAGCAACAGGGCGAAGCAGGGCAGAGUCCCACAGGCUGCAAGGACCAACAGGACGAAGCAGGGCAGAGUCCCACAGGCUGCAAGGAGCAACAGGGCGAAGCAGGGCAGAGUCCCACAGGCUGCAAGGAGCAACAGGAUGAAGCAGGGCAGAGUCCCACAGGCUGCAAGGACCAACAGGACGAAGCAGGGCAGAGUCCCACAGGCUGCAAGGAGCAACAGGGCGAAGCAGGGCAGAGUCCCACAGGCUGCAAGGAGCAACAGGACGAAGCAGGGCAGAGUCCCACAGGCUGCAAGGAGCGACAGGACGAAGCAGGGCAGAGUCCCACAGUCUGCAAGGACCAACAGGACGAAGCAGGGCAGAGUCCCACAGGCUGCAAGGAGCAACAGGGCGAAGCAGGGCAGAGUCCCACAGGCUGCAAGGAGCAACAGGACGAAGCAGGGCAGAGUCCCACAGGCUGCAAGGACCAACAGGACGAAGCAGGGCAGAGUCCCACAGGCUGCAAGGAGCAACAGGACGAAGCAGGGCAGAGUCCCACAGGCUGCAAGGAGCAACAGGACGAAGCAGGGCAGAGUCCCACAGGCUGCAAGGAGCAACAGGACGAAGCAGGGCAGAGUCCCACAGGCUGCAAGGAGCAACAGGACGAAGCAGGGCAGAGUCCCACAGGCUGCAAGGACCAACAGGAUGAAGCAGGGCAGAGUCCCACAGGCUGCAAGGAGCAACAGGACGAAGCGGGGCAGAGUCCCACAGGCUGCAAGGACCAACAGGAUGAAGCAGGGCAGAGUCCCACAGGCUGCAAGGACCAACACGACGAAGCGGGGCAGAGUCCCACAGGCUGCAAGGACCAACAGGACGAAGCGGGGCAGAGUCCCACAGGCUGCAAGGAGCAACAGGACGAAGCAGGGCAGAGUCCCACAGGCUGCAAGGAGCAACAGGGCGAAGCGGGGCAGAGUCCCACAGGCUGCAAGGACCAACAGGACGAAGCAGGGCAGAGUCCCACAGGCUGCAAGGACCAACAGGACGAAGCAGGGCAGAGUCCCACAGGCUGCAAGGACCAACAGGACGAAGCAGGGCAGAGUCCCACAGGCUGCAAGGACCAACAGGACGAAGCGGGGCAGAGUCCCACAGUCUGCAAGGACCAACAGGACGAAGCAGGGCAGAGUCCCACAGGCUGCAAGGACCAACAGGACGAAGCAGGGCAGAGUCCCACAGGCUGCAAGGACCAACAGGACGAAGCGGGGCAGAGUCCCACAGGCUGCAAGGAGAAACAGGACAAAGCGGGGCAGAGUCCCACAGGCUGCAAGGACCAACAGGAUGAAGCAGGGCAGAGUCCCACAGGCUGCAAGGAGCAACAGGACGAAGCGGGGCAGAGUCCCACAGGCUGCAAGGACCAACACGACGAAGCAGGGCAGAGUCCCACAGGCUGCAAGGAGCAACAGGACGAAGCAGGGCAGAGUCCCACAGGCUGCAAGGAGCAACAGGACGAAGCAGGGCAGAGUCCCACAGGCUGCAAGGACCACACUGGGAUUGAAGAUUGUAUGGAGCAAGCACAGAGACAGUGUUUUUGGAUCACACUGGGAUUGAAGAUUGUAUGGAGCAGGCACAGAGACAGUGUUUUUGGAUCACACUGGGAUUGA